CAAUGCAAAAAUAUUUAUCAAGAUGAACCUUCCAAGUUCUCGCAUUUUGGUGACUUAACAUGACUAUAAUACACAAUGGAAGGCGAAAGAAUACUUAAAGAACUGCUGAAGAAGAGAUUGGGUGGUCUUUACGACGAUACGAAGAAUUAUAUUGCCACUUUGAAGAGAGUUACUGAGAGUAAGAAUGGCUACACGGCGAAUGGCUGUAAUACAGUGGAAGAGGUGGUGUCCAAGUAUAGUGGAUUUUGUAACAAGUUUUUAAGAUGUGCCAUCGAAAUAUUGAAGGGAUCGAAAGAGACAAAAGAUGUAGAAGAAAUCAUGUUGAUUGUCGAUAUGGUAAUGAAUGUUCUCGACUUGGUUCUGACUGCCGAAAAUGGAAAAUAUUUGAAGUUUACUCCUUCUCUGGAUGAUGUUGGUAGAAAAAUUCUCCAUAUUACAAACCAUCUGCUAAACAAAAACUUAUUUGACACUUCCCUUGUCUACAUUAAUUACUGCAUCAAGUAUCUCAGAAUGGCAAGGAAUAUUGAUACUAUUGAAGACUGUAUACAAAAAGAACUUAGGAAUGUUGCUUUGCACAUGGGAAACUUGUCAUGGAAAGGAGCACAAAGACUUGAACAAUUGAAUUCUUCAAAACAAAAACUCAAAGACAAACAAGAAUAUGUCAGUGGAUGUAAAGAUGUGCUAGAAUGGAGACUUACAGCUGUUAUCUUUGAGCUAGAAGCAUGCUCGUCUGGUCUUGAAUCAUUGGUCACCAAGGCUAUCAAGUCAAUUUCAAAGUUUCAAAUGGAUAGUGGUUCUUGUCAGCAAUGUGAUGAUGACAGUAUCAAACUCUGUGAAUCUGUAUUUUCUGCUAUCAAAGAAAGGCUACUGGAACAGUGUAAAUCUGGCAAGACCAUAAAUAAUUCUUCAGUGUUUUCUAUUGUUGAUCUUGGCUUACACCUUGCAAGAAUGUAUAAUAAUUUAGAAAGAACAGAUAAGGCAAACAUUUUCUUUGAGGAGCUUCAAGGUUUGACAAAUGGAGUGGUAAAACCAAAGAAGACAAAUACUGCAGAGGGUUGCUUAAUAUCACGGUUCAUCAUGUGUAAUACUACAAUAACUAAAGCAGCCGUUUUAUUUGAUACCAUCUACAAUCAUGAACCUUUGGGUGAGCAGCAAAAGUCAGAUGAAUUAAUGAGAUUAAAGAAGAUGUUGAAUGAAGGUAAGCGACUGCUGGAAAUCUUGAUGGAAAGCAGAGCUCGAACUCCAUUUCCUUCAUCAACUGUUUUGCAGUCUCUAGAAUGCCUUAAAUCAAGAGUACAAAGUAUGUGCAAUUUUUCAAAGGAAAAAAGCAGAAGCCUAAAAUUUGUAAUACCUUAUGAAAUUUAUCAAAGUGUGCAAUCAAUAUUAGAACAGUAUGAAGGUUUACUUCAGUUAGAAGUGGAGUCUUGCGUGGCAAAGAAAUGCUCAACAAAGGAAUCUACAGUACUUCAGCAACAACAGCAGAAGCUUGUGGAAAGGAUGUUUGCAUUGUCUAGCUUUAUCAUGAAGUUUUAUCAGCAUCAAAUACAGGUUGGGAUAAAGGAAAAGAAUAAGGAAAAGAAUAAUGAUAACAGCCAGCUGAUGUCUAACUGCAUCAAGUAUUCACAAACCACCAGCACGAGAAUUCACUCAAUGAUGGAGAAUUCUGCUGUCAGUCUGUCUACCAAUGAAUUGAUGUGGCAUGGCUCUCUGUCCUUUGCACUCGGCAUGGAGGCCUACAAAUGUGACCUGUUUCAAGAGGGGGCAGUAUUAAUGUCAAUUGGAUGCAGUGACCUGAAAGACUGGAGCUUGUUGGCUUGUGAUGAUUAUGACUUGGUGCACACAAGAUUAAAGGAGCUUCUUCCCAAGUAUGGAGCCCUUAUAGAUUGCCAGAGAAGAUCAAGAUGUUAUGAAGAAGCCUUUGAUAGUGCUACAUCAAACAUAACAUUGUUCCUUCAACUUGAUAUGAUAUCUGACUUUAGUUCCUUGUCUACUGAUCUCCAAAAACAUGUUCAUCUUUGGCUGAAAACAAAGAGUGACUUGAUUAAACACUCAAGUAAUGAUGAUUUGUCUGAGAUCAGAUUAAGGACAUUGUAUAAUGUUAUCUCAGAAGUGGAGGACUUCUCAAGUCUUACUACAGAACAGCUGGGUUCCAUUCUACAGGAAGAACUCAAGUGUUAUAAAGCACUCACAAGAUUUGAUACAUCACUAGAACAACUGUCAGUAACCAAGCAGUUGAUAGACCUGUAUACUGCUGAGAAAGACUUAUUCAACCUUGCUAUAGCAAUGGUAGAACAUGCAAGGGUUCUUCAUGCAAGUGGGAAUCUUGAUUACAGUGACAGAUCACCUUUAGAACUUUGCCAGGAAAGUAUAGAACUAUUGGAAGGCUUACAGAACAGCUCAAUGGAAGAGGCAUCACUUGUUGCACUACAAGACAAGAUUGCCUCUGCAUAUCUUUGGCAGGCUAUCCUACAGCAUGAGGAGGCUAUGAGGCAGAAUGCUACUCUGUUCAAAGAUGGUGAUGAUUCUGAUGUAACUGGUGUAGAGGGCAUGGACCAUGAAAAAGAAAGCCAACAGAUAAUCAGUCUAGAGCAGCCUUUUGUCCAGUCCUUACAUGCUGCAGUGGAUAUGUGGACAGCAUUAUUGGAAACAUGUACAAAGCAGUCUCAAGAUGGAAAGGUUGACAUCUCUACAUUUUUGAAUCCAACUGAGACAAGGCAUUAUCUACAAACUGCAGCACUUCUAUAUGGGAUACUCAAUCAACCUCUUAACCAGGUCCAUGCCCUUCAUCUGUGUGCUGUGAUCAACCAAGCCAUCAAUACACAAGAUUCAAUGAAUGAAGCAGUUACAAUAUAUGCCCAAGCCAUACACACAUUGUGCAGUAUUCAUGAUGUUGGCCAUGCAAGUUUGCUUCUCUCAUAUUGUAAACAAAUAGAGGAAAAUUCCACUCUUGAAUCUACAACAGUGAUUCAGAUAUUACUGGCUAGGAGUCACUUUUAUCUUGAAUCUGGCAAGUAUUCUGAAGGAGAAAAGUGCCUGAACAUGGCCUUUUCUAGUGACUUUCUAUCUCAGAGGACUCGUACAUCAUUUGUUCAUAUGGCAGUAGCUCACUCGUUGAUGGUCAAAUACCUGCAGCUACCUCCUACUGUUUACAGUUUUCAACCACCACAAGGUUUUACAGCCUCAGAGGACCACAUAACACCUUUGGAUGCAGCUAUUGAUGGCAUCAGUAAGAUAGAAGGCAUUGCUUUUACCCUCUUUGGACAAAGAGUUUCAGACCUCAGUGGUAAUGCAUGUGGUAUUGCAGAUACUGAGGUAAUGAACCCAAAUGUGAUGGCUGGCACCAGUCAUCUACUCGUAGUACUCAACCUUCUCAUGUUCCAGCAGCAGUGUGGAACUCUACUUGCCCACCAAGGAAUGGUCAGGCAGGCUGUAAAGUACCUAACAGAUGGUCUUGUGUUGUCAAGGAAGUUUGUUCUACCAUACAGAGUGGCAGAGUUUGUCACCAGUUUAUCACUUGUAAAAACACAAAAGGGAGAGUUCAGCCAAGCCAAGAAUGACCUCCUUCAUGUAGCUCACACAUUAGCGCCAAUUCUACAAAGUGACGAUGAAAGGACUGAAAUUGAACAGUGUCUGGAGACCCCUCCACUGGUUGAUCACCCAAAGGUUUGUCAUUGCAUCUGCUGUAGUGAUCCUGCUGUGCAAUCCAUUCUGAUGGGAUUUUUCCUUACUGUUGCUAAGUAUUUGGGAUCUAUAUCACAUCCUAAAGACUCUAUCAAAGCUUUAGAGGUAACAGAAAGGCUAAGCUCUUUUGCAAUUCAAAGGAUGACAGCUUCACUGAGUGAAUUCUCUAAUACUCUGAAACUUGGUUCUGGGAACGUACCAAAAGAGGAAGCUGAUGAAUCAGUGGGAAAAGGAAAAAAGAGAGGAAGAAGCAAAACUGCAAAAGCAAAGCAAGCAAAGAAAGAUUAUCCUUCUGGAGCAAACCAGGAUUUAUCUCAAACAUCUAUAGCAAUGUUCAGUUUGAAUUUAGCUGAGACAUUUGUUCAAAAUGCAGAGAUUUUGAUCAACAACAAUAAAUCCAAAAAGGCCUUAGAUGUGAUCGCAUCUGGUAUGGAAGUGAUCCAAGACAUGGAGAAGAUGAAUGGAGGAUCAUUACCCCCUUCGCUGAUCCAUAUUACUUCUUGCUUGUAUUAUCUGAAAGGUUUAGUCCACUUGAAUGUAGCUCUUGGUAUAGAUAGUAAAGGAUUGGAUUUGAUAUGGGAAUUCCCUGAUGGACAAUCAAAAGGUGAUGAAUGUGGUAAUGCACUCAAUUCUACACAGACCCUUGAUGCUGAGGAAGAAAAACCAAUAGAGAAAAGGAAACGUAGUGCAAAAACUAGGGGUAAAGUAAUCGAUGAGCCUGGUGUUGGUCAGAAAACAACAAGAACAACAACAUCAGGAAAAGGUAAAGGCAGGAGCAAACGAAUCGCAAACCAGACAGUUAUUGAACAACAUGAAGAAGAUGGGAUUCCAAAGGCUGGCAGGAAGGUUGAUGGUAGAGGUGGAAAAAAGAGCAAAGAAAAAGCAAAAGAAGUUAACCAAGAAUCUGAACUGGAGCUUUCCAUAGCCAUGUUUACCAAUGCCUUAGAUCUGUGUUGCUGGCUGCCACAACCUCAGCUGUUUUCUCAGCUGUGCCAAUGUCUUACUUUAUGUUAUGGAAGAGCAUCUGUUGACAAAGCAGUGUACUAUCUUAAUCUGUCUCUUGGGAUCACACUAAGAUAUGAAGCUGCAAAUAGUUCUAGGAAGAAGAUCAGGAAACUGUUAAAAGAGAAAGAUGAGCCACAGGUUUUGUCAAGUGACAUGGCAUCACUUACCAGUAAACUAGAAUCCAUAUCUAUACAAGACAAUCAAGUACAUGCUUCUGCAAAAACUAUCCAGCAUCUUCAAGGGACCAGACAGUUGAUGCUGUUCCCCUCACACCAAACACAGCUUGAUACUUCAAGUAUACCAAAAGAAUGGACAGUAUGUACAUUGGCAUCAGUGCAGACACAAGGAUGUCCUUCACAAGAGCUAAUCAUAUGUACACAAAGGUCUGGGAGAGAUCCUAUUCUUGUCAAGUUACCCAUGACAACUGUAGAUGAUGCUGAUGACACUGAACCUCAUCUAAAUGAUGAAGUCAACAAGGCAGUCCUGGACAUGACCAAACUAUUCCAGGGAAGCAUACCAGAGGAAUUUUCUGAUAUCAUGCAAAGCAGCUUGGACAGCAUGGGAAUUAAUGAUAAUAAAGAAUGGUGUCAAACUAGAUCUGCCUUGGAUAAUAAACUAAAGGUUUUACUGGAAAGACUAGAGAAUUCUUGGCUUGGGAUUUGGAAAGGUGCACUCCUGGGCCAACACACUGACCCACAUUUACAAGAAACACUGGAGCAUGUGUCCAAGGAUUUGGUUAAGAAACUAGAAGAUCAUGUCCAAAGACCCAUUGACAAGGAUUUGAUAGAGAUACUGGUGGAUUCAUACCGUUUCCUAACAGAAGAACAAGUCAGGGAAGCACUAUCAAAGAUCACUGGUCUGCACCCAAAAGCACCAGAUCUUGACAAGGUUGUCCAAGACUAUGAAAUGCUCGCCAGUUCCUUGGUACCUCCAAAGAAAAGAACAUCCAAAGAAAAGAAGAGAUGCCCCAAUGUGAGUGAACGUCACCCUGUUGUAUUAAUUCUUGGAAAGGACAUUCAGCAUUUACCGUGGGAGAGUAUUCCCAUCCUGAGGGACCAGCAGGUCACUAGAAUGCCUUCCAUGCAUUUUGUUCUAGCACAGACACGAAAGGCUGAGGCUGAUGGGAAUUCCUGGGUUAUUGACCCAAGCAAUGCAUACUAUGUGCUAAACCCAGAGGACAAUCUACCCAAUACGCAGAAAAUAUUUCAAAACUGGUUUGAGAGUGAAUUGAGUUGGGCAGGAAUAACAGGCAAGAAACCUUCCCAGGAUGAAUACAAGAGUGCAUUGAUGGAUCAUGAGUUAUUCCUCUAUCUUGGUCAUGGUUCUGGGAGGUCAUUCUUUAAAGGUGAUGACAUACAGCGUGUUAUCUGUAAAGCUACCACUAUACUAAUGGGCUGCAGUAGUGCAAAACUCAUGGUAAAUGGUGUUUGUGAGCCAAGAGGUAUGAGCCUGAACUACCUUCUGGCUGGAUGUCCUGCUAUAAUUGGCAACCUUUGGGAUGUGACAGACAGAGACAUUGAUCGCUUUACAAAAUCUCUACUUCAAACAUGGCUUGAGGGUGAUCAGAAAUUAUCACUUCUUCAAUAUAUCAAGAAUGCCAGACAAGCUUGUAAGCUACCUUACUUGAUUGGUGCAUCACCAGUUGUCUAUGGGGUUCCUGUGUUUCUAAAGGAUUAACUAAAAUGUGCUGGAUUUGUAAAUCACUUAGAACUGGCCGAGUCACAGAACACUAAUUUUGUCUUUUGGGAAUAGCCAUACAGUUUGUACAGGCCUGCUGGACAGGCAUGCCACCUAUUUGAACAAACCAAAACCACAGGACACCCACUACCAAAGUUUAGGUUUUCUUCAUUUUUCCACUCUUUCUACUCUUUGAUGAUACCCAGUGGUACCAUCCAUGCUCUGAUAAGCUUGAUGUAAACAUCAAGGUUCUUUAUGAGAAUUUUAGUUGCCUUUCUACUCAGGAGGGGUGUUUUAAUCUAACUAGGUAGUUUUAUUCCUUAUUUUAUACUAUGUUUGCAAGUUACAUGGUUGUCCUUUGCUAAUACUACCAACAUGGCUACCAUGUCAUUUGACUCCCUUGGAAUUGCUUGCAAACCAUGAUAGAAAUACUGUAUAUUCAUGCAAGUCAAACCACUGUCCCUUACUAAUCACCAGUUACUGAUACAACCCUGUACCAUAUACAUGUAAUAGUGACAUGUAAUAGUAAUAAUAAUAGAACUAUAACAGCAACUGUUUUAUAAAAUUGCUGUUAGAGAAGGCAAUCAUAUAAAAGAUGCAGAUCCCAGUAUAUUUUAACAGAGAACUGCUUCCCUUGUGCAUGAAUUCAACAAACAAAGUUUUUUUUGUAUCUUCAGUUUCACUGUUUUAUUUCAUGUGAUAUUAAUGUCAAGCAAGAAAAUGUUGGCAUGUCUUACAAUAAAUAUGAAAUACACUUUU